AGUUGUCAAAACUCUACGGUGUUGGAGCAUCGACUGUUCAAAACACUGCAUUAUUUUGAAGCUAUGAGUCGUAAAAGAAACCACGGUUUUAUUGAAACGGGGCAGUUGGCUGACUCUCAGGCCGCACUGAUGGACAGCACCGGACCUCCUGCUCGAGUGGAGGAGAGUUUCUGCGAGCUGGAGCUGGACGAGGAGCUGGUGUGUUCCGUCAGUGAGAUCACCGAGCACCUCGGCAGGAACAUCACCGUGGCGCUGGAGGAGGCCCUGUCCGAAAUCCGCAAAGUAGUGAGCGCACGAACCAGGCUCCUCAAGAUGGAGCUGAGGGAGAAAACCGACGAGAUCGAGCUGCUUAAAGCCCGACUGGAGUGCGUCUCCAGCGAGCCGAGCAGGAAAGCCGACUUCCUCGCGGCGCCGCAGAAGAGCAGCAGCAGCAGCGCGGAGCCGAAGAAAGCCAAAGCGGCCGCUCCCGCUGUCAAGAAGGAGAACAUCGACGCCAUCUGUGAUUACCUGAUGAAGGACAAGAACUCUCGCGGAGCUGCUGAUGUGGAGAGCGAGCGGCAUCACCAGGCCUCUCUCAGCCCCUGGACAGAGAGCGAGGACAUCUUCAGCAUGUUGCCUUCAGCCAGCAAGAGACUCUACGACUAUGAGUGGAUGUCUGGAGUGGAGCUCAACUCCAGCUCGGAGUAUAAAGGUGAAUCUGAGUCCAAGUGUGAGAAUGCCAUCGCUGCAAGAUCGACAGCUGAAGAAGAGUCGGAAGAAGGCAGAGGGAUGGGGCCAGUCUCUGACGAUUCCUCUGCUCCAUUUGCCCUGGAUGCUCACGGCUCGCCAGAGGAGGACAACAGCAGCCCAGUGGAGGACAGUAUUGACCGAUUAGAUCCAGACCAGCAUUUCACUGCCCCUACCUUCAUCUGCCCCUUCUGUGGAACCCUCUGCCCUGACUCGUCGUUCCUGGAGGAGCACAUGAAGCUGAUGCACAGAGAAGAGAGCGCUCAGGCUGCCCAGUCUGGCUCCUCUUCAAGCGGAGGGCAGGGCAGCGAGGGAGAGGUGUGGCGGAAGGCAGGCUCUAGCGAAUCCCAAGUUCGGGAGAAGAAGGUGGAAGGUGGCUACGAAUGCGGAGACUGCGGCCGGCGCUUUAACUACCUUGGCAACCUACGGCAGCACCGGCGCAUCCACACAGGCGAAAAGCCCUUUGUGUGCUCUGAAUGUGGGGAGAGAUUCCGGCACGCCGCUCGCCUCAAGAGCCAUCGGCUCAGCCACAGCGGCGCCCAGAGCCCUUUCCCGUGCCCGCAGUGUGGUAAGGGCUUCCCCGUGCUCUCCGGUCUUAAACGACAUCAGCGCGUGCACACGGGCGAAAGCCCCUACGCGUGCCCUCAGUGUGGCCGCCGUUUCAAAGAGCUCGGCAACCUGUACACACACAUGCGCAUUCACAGUGGCGCCACACCUUAUACCUGCUACCAGUGUGGCCGAAGCUUCCGACAUUUAGGGACUUACAAAAGCCAUCGCUGCACCCCCAUCACACAGGUACCCAGUGCACACGGUCCAGCGUGGCCACAAGAGGACAAAGUCCAAACUGGAUAAACAAAGUUUUACUAGCUUGUUAAGUAAGGCAAUGCUGUGCUUUUUUUGUUCUUCAGCAGAUGUUUGAGGAAUGUCGAACCCUCCAAGGCAUGGACGCUUAAUGCUAAACAUUAUGGACAGAGAUAGGACACUGUUUAAAAACAGAAGGAGAGUGAGAAGAACGAUAUGGCCUAUUUCGGCACUCUUAUUUCUGGAUCCUGAAAACUUCAGUAGGAUAAAGAAUCUAUUUAGAUCAGAUCCAAAAUCAGAUGUUAAUGUCGAAAGCAGAUGGUUUUCAUGUGAAGGAGGAGAUGACUUGAAGCAAGCAGAAAUUAGCACAUGCUGCUUUAACCCAGGUUUGUUUAGGGAAAAAAAAGAAGACAUACAGCAUUAAAAUAUUCUCACAUUUAAUAUGGACUGUGUUUCCGAAACAGUGAGCAUGCUUUCUCAUGAUUUGUAAGAGUACUAGUACUACACAGCUGGUGAAAAUAUUUUUAAAAUGUGUUUUUUUUUUUUUUUUCGUUUCGUUUUAUUUUUCGGAAGAGCGGUUUAUUUUAGUCCAGUCGGUUUUGCAAUCAGCCUGAUUUGAAAUGCAUCUGAGCCUUUUGUGUUUUAGAUAUCCUUGUGGGAAGAGCAAUGCUGCUGUGGCCCUCUGGAUGACGUGUUACUGUAUCGACUGCUUCAGUAGUUGUUCAUGGAAUAUCCUAAAACUGCCUAUUUGUGUUCUAGUUUACUACUUUAUCAUGAUAUUGACACUAUUAACACACGGUUUCUUUGAUUUUAUUUAAAUAUGUCCACUCUUUUUUUAAUAGCUGAGCAAAGUCUAUAAUUUGCAACAAAAAAAAAAACCUAUGGAAAGCAAAACAAAAACUUGCUUUUUCACAAAUAUGAAGACUGUUGUGUAGGUAUUUUACAUGGUAAGAUCAACAAUUAAGUUGUUGUGAUAUCAGUUGCAUUAUAGGAUUUUUAUCAAAAAUUUUACCCUGUGUAAAAAAAAAAAAAAAAAAAAAAAAAAAUUAAUAAUAAUACAAAUAAAAUGUCUGACUGUUAAAUAAGGUAAUACAAACUGUCCGUGAUCGAAUACCAUUGGACUGUUCUUUACCGGUUACUGCCAACAUA